UCCUCCCCGCCGUCCUGUGGGUGCAGCCGGGCUAGGCAUGGCGGCGGUGGAGAGUAGAGUGUGUGAGACCGAGGACUGCACCAGCGAAGCCAAGCUGCAGUGCCCAACAUGCAUCAAACUGGGCAUCCAGGGCUCCUACUUCUGCUCACAGGAAUGUUUUAAAGGAAGCUGGGCAACACACAAGCUCCUCCACAAGAAAGCAAAAGACGACAAAGGCAAACGUGAGGUUUCACCAUGGACCAUGGAAGGAGAUAUAAACACCGAUCCAUGGCCUGGUUAUCGGUAUACUGGAAAACUGAGACCACAUUAUCCAUUGAUGCCAAUGAGACCAGUACCAAGCUACAUCCAGAGGCCAGAUUAUGCAGAUCAUCCUUUAGGAAUGUCAGAAUCUGAACAAUCCUUGAAAGGUACCUCCCAAAUAAAAGUACUUUCUCCAGAAGAUAUAGAAGGGAUGCGGGUUGUGUGUAGGCUUGCUAGAGAGGUGUUGGGAGUGGCUGAGUUGAUGAUUAGAUCUGGGGUAACUACAGAAGAAAUAGACCAUGCAGUGCACUUGGCAUGUAUUUCAAGGAAUUGCUACCCUUCCCCUUUGAACUAUUACAACUUUCCGAAAUCUUGCUGCACGUCUGUGAAUGAAGUAAUCUGUCAUGGAAUUCCAGACAGAAGGCCUUUGCAAGAUGGAGAUAUUGUUAAUGUGGAUAUUACGGUUUAUCGCAACGGGUACCAUGGAGACCUCAAUGAAACUUUUUAUGUUGGUGAUAUGGACGAAGGAGCCAAAAGACUUGUUCAGACGACCUAUGAAUGCUUAAUGCAAGCUAUUGAUGAAGUGAAACCUGGUGUCCGAUAUCGAGAGCUGGGGAACGUUAUUCAGAAACAUGCCCAAGCAAAUGGAUUUUCUGUUGUUCGAAGCUACUGCGGACAUGGUAUACACAAACUUUUCCACACAGCUCCCAAUGUGCCACAUUAUGCCAAAAACAAGGCUGUUGGUGUAAUUAAACCAGGCCAUGUGUUUACAAUCGAACCAAUGAUCUGUGAAGGAGGAUGGCAAGACGAGACAUGGCCAGAUGGCUGGACUGCAGUAACGAGAGAUGGAAAGCGCUCUGCACAGUUUGAGCACACCCUUUUAGUUACGGAAACUGGGUGUGAGAUACUUACUAGGAGACUGGAAGAUAAUGGACGCCCCCAUUUUAUGUGUUAGAUACUUUCAUCAGGCUUAGCUGGCACAUCUGAAUGAUCUUUCUCCUGCUUUGCAUCACAUUAUUUUUAUUUAUUUUUUCCCCCUGCAUUAACAAGAAAGAUACCUGGAGAAGUGGGAUAUUGUCACAUAUCACAUCCCUGUCUGUAUGAUGACAGAGAAAACAUUGUGUUCAACUUGAUUUCUACUUGAAACGUGUUAAAAACCUGAAAGAAACAGCUCUUUAAAAAAAAUAUCGAGUUUUUUCUUCUUUUACAAAAGGUUUACGGCUCAUCCAUAUCAUGACACUUUUUAGUUUUUAUCCAUUGUUCUUCUCCUUUUGCAUCUUUAAACUUCUGUCUUUUGCCUUCACCUCCUUGUAAAGCAAAACACACAAGUUGCCUCCAUCGCCAAUAUUUUAAUGCAGGAUAAACCUUUACCAAAAGUUUUCAAAAGUGCUCUCUGUCCCUUAGUUUACUUUUUUUUGUGCAGCCCAGUAUUCUGAAAUGAAAAAAAAAAUCUUAUGCCAAUUCAUAGUUUGCAGAAUUUUAAAUGGUACAUUUAAAAGUGGGAAUAAUGUUUUCCUUUUUUUCAUUUGUCUAUUCUUAAUAUAAUGGCCAUAUUUGUAUUUUGCAUUUUCUUCUUGCCGAUGUUAUGCAAACUAUAACUGCUUCUGUGCUCUCUUCCUGCAAUAUGGUGAGCUGGUGUUUUUAUAUUUAGUUCUGCCUAUAAGGCAUAAAAUACCAUAGAGAGGUACUAAGGAUUAACCGAACGUCACUGUACUGGACAGAAAGUACCACAGAGUUAGCUAGUUAACAAAAGGUCAAGGUUUCUAUUUUCCUGAAAACCUGAGCAUAAGCAAAGAUAUAGCUGCAAAACUUCAACAAGAAGAACUAGAAAACUUAAAGUAUUAGUAAAUAUUAUGGUCAUUUUCUAGAGUAAUUCCCACUGCUAUGCUGUGCUUUAUGGUGCUUGCAGUGCACCUUUGCUUUAAUGGACAGUUACAUUUAUUUGGUAACUAUGUCCUCAAUAACAAAACUGUCUCUUUAGUUUCUUCUCCUUCAGUGAAUUAUGCCUAUUUGCUCACCUCGUCUAUAUUAUAUUGGUGCCUUCAACUGUUCAUUGCAGAAGAGCUUAUAGCUAGAGAUGUCUAGUCAUGAAAAUGUGCAGAUGUCAUUUACCCUAUCAAAACGUUUUUGUUUUUGUUCUUUUAGGUUAUUUUUUUUUUUUUUUUUAGAAACUGGUAUGACAUUGUUGGUUCUGUAAUCUGCAGUGCUGCAUUAUCUCCUGUACCUUUGAAAAAAUGGUCAAGCAUGUCCAUGCUCACACCAAUUCACACUAUUCAACACCUGGAUCUAGAAUAUUUGUUGAAUUGCAGGACAGACUUUCUGAUUAAACUAUACAAUAUGUCAAUGUGAAGAAGACUAUCUUCUAAAUUUAGGGUUUUCGUGGCAUAUUCUGCUUCAUGAUAUGUUGGAGAAAACAUACUGAACCAAGCUUCAGCUUAUAGUAUUUUGAGUUUAGAUGAGUCACUGUUUUCUACUUGUAAAAACUCUGUUGGGAAAAUCUUUUUGAAUGGAGCACAGUAAACACUAUGCUGUUGGUUUUUCCUCUUUCUGUGCCCAAAAGUAUGUUUUAAUAUGGCAUCAUGGGUGCCCCUGGAUUUGCAAAGAUAAUAUUUUUUUUCCUGGAGUGCCUCAGGUGUAUAUUGCUGUAAAGUACAGUUAGUUAAUGGUGACCCAUUCUAUGCCGUUAUAUAAUUAUUUUGAAGAAUCAUUAAACUGACAUGAAAGAGGAUACAGAGCCGUUUUAUUUGUUGUAAGUAGAAUUUAAUAAGUUACUGUGUGGUCUGAUUGAUCAGAGUUUUAAAUAUUUUAAACCAAAUGAUAUAUUUGUGAAAAUUAAAAAAAAAAAAAAAAACUUGACUAUUUUGGUCAUUUCAGAGAAUGUGGUGUUUUUACUUACAUUUUUUUUGUCCACACACUCUAAAAGGUUGUAUAUUUGCAUUGGAGAUACACGUAAUCAUACAUAGAAAAACCGUUAAAACUGUAGCCGUAGUACGUAAUGAUGUCACUUCAAAAUAUUCUCUCCAUCCCCCCCCCCCCCCCUUUUCUUUUUCCACCAAUAAAACUGAUGUUACUAAUGUAAUGUUCUCAUUUGUACAACCUAUUGCCUGUUUUUAAAUAAAGCAAUACUGAAGUGGGUGGUUUGCAAA